UGGAUAAUUUGAUUUGUCUACCAAACACUAAUACACUAUCAUACAAACAAUGGAGACUGACGGAGAGAAAACAGCAACGACGUCGUUAGAAACCGAAACUUCGGUGGAGAAGACGUUCGAGGCGACAGAGGUUCUGCCAUGGAAACAACAAUUGACAAUACGAGCAUUCGUAGUAAGCUUUGUGUUGAGCAUACUUUUCAGCGUCAUUGUUAUGAAACUCAACCUAACAACCGGGAUUAUUCCGUCGCUUAAUAUUUCCGCCGGUUUGUUGGGGUUUUUCUUCGUUAAAACUUGGACUAAGUUGCUUGAGAAAUCUGGUUACCUUAAACAACCCUUUACUCGUCAAGAAAAUACUGUUAUUCAGACUUGUGUUGUUGCCUCCUCCGGCAUCGCCUUCUCCGGAGGAUUCGGGAGUUAUGUUCUUGGAAUGAGUGAUAGAGUUGCUCAACUGGGAGAUAAAGGGUUUCUACUAGACACCAAGAACCCUUCUUUGGGAUGGAUGAUUGGCUUUCUCUUUGUUGUUAGCUUCAUAGGCCUCUUUUCAGUUGUUCCCCUCCGUAAGAUUAUGAUUAUGGACUUCAAACUUACUUACCCAAGUGGGACUGCUACUGCGCAUCUCAUCAACAGCUUUCACACCCCCGAGGGUGCAAUAUUAGCCAAGAAGAAAGUGAAGACACUAGGGAAAUUUUUCUCCUUGAGCUUCUUGUGGGGUUGCUUCCAAUGGUUCUUCACAGGAGGUGAUGAUUGUGGAUUUGCAAGUUUACCCACUUUCGGUAAUAAAGCCUACCAACAAAAAUUUUUCUUUGAUUUUUCUGCAACAUAUGUGGGUGUGGGGAUGAUAUGCUCUCAUCUUACAAAUCUAUCUUUACUACUCGGAGCAAUUUUAUCAUGGGGUAUCAUGUGGCCUCUCAUAGGCCAACACAAAGGUCAUUGGUAUGAUGCAACUCUCUCUGAUAGCAAUCUUCAUGGCCUGCAAGGUUACAGGGUUUUUAUUGGCAUAGCGAUUAUUCUAGGAGAUGGACUGUAUAGUUUUGUCAAAGUUUUUGGACGAUCAAUGGUUGCGUUGUAUAAACAGUAUAAAACAAGAAAUACCGGUGGAAUACUUCCUUAUAAUCAUCGUCCCAAACCAGAAGAACCAUUCGAUGACAAAAGAAGAAGUGAAUAUUUCCUCAAAGACAGCAUUCCAAACUGGUUUGCAUUAGCUGGUUAUGUUGCAAUUGCUGCAGUUGCCAUUGGCGUACUUCCACAGAUCUUCCAUCAGCUCAAAUGGUACCAUGUGUUGGUCAUGUAUAUUGUUGCACCUGUGUUGGCCUUCUGUAAUGCUUAUGGUUGUGGUUUGACUGACUGGUCAUUGGCCUCUACUUAUGGGAAACUGGCUAUCUUUAUUAUUGGAGGAUGGGCUGGUGCUUCUCAUGGUGGGAUUGUGGCUGGACUUGCAGCUUGUGGUGUUAUGAUGAACAUUGUUUCAACAGCAUCGGAUCUUACUCAAGAUUUUAAAACAGGUUACAUGACGCUAGCUUCACCAAGAUCAAUGUUCGUGAGCCAAAUAAUAGGAACAGCAAUGGGCUGCAUCAUAUCCCCUUGCGUCUUCUGGGUAUUCUACAUGGCUUUCCCCGACAUUGGACUACCAACUUCCAAAUACCCAGCACCAUUUGCAUCCGUCUACAGAAGCAUAGCCCUUCUUGGAAUCGAAGGCGUAAGCACCUUGCCUAAGCAUUGUCUAACCUUAUGCAUAAUAUUCUUCAUCGUUGCAAUGGCCGUCAAUGGUCUCAAAGAUUUGGUAGGGGAGAAGUAUGCGAAGUUUAUACCAAUCCCGCUAGCUAUGGCUAUACCUUUCUACCUCGGAGGCUACUUUGCCAUCGACAUGUGCGUUGGUAGUUUGAUACUCUUCUUGUGGCACUACAAAAAUAAGGCGGAAGCUGAUGCGUACGCGCCUGCUGUUGCGUCUGGGUUGAUUUGCGGUGAUGGGAUUUGGACGAUGCCGAGUUCUGUACUUGCUUUGAUUGGUGUUAAUCCACCUCUUUGCCUCAAGGUUCUUACUAGACGAAAAGCAAGCAUGCUAACUUAGUGUAGUAUAUCAUCAGAUAUAUAAUAUCAAUGUUUUAUAACUAGUACUAUGUAAUUAUGUUUGGAUUAAAACUCAAUCUAUCUAGCUAAUACAAUUGUUUUUCUUAGCUGAACAAUAA